AUGAUGACGGACACUGGAAAGGAAAUAGUUGGCGAAUUUAGACUGGAAUCAAUGCAAGAAGUAGCUAGGCUGCUCCAUUACCAUGCUGAUCAGGGUGAUAUGCAAACAUGUGCAACCCUUGCACUCGUCUGUGGACGACGCCUGUCGGAUGUUGUAGAUGACUUUACGGUGGAGUCGUGGAAAGAUAGCUACAUAGGCAUGUUGGAUCAGCUGGAACUUCAUACAGCAAUAGCAGCUGUGAAGAAGUAUUCUUGGAUCAAAAGAGUUAACCAGCGGUCCUUAGAG